GAAAACAUAGCCAAUGUUCACCGCAUAUGAUGUAGCUUUCCGUAGGUGAAACAAUUUUUAAAAUCGGUUCAGUAGUUUCGGAGCCUUUUCGUUGCAAACACAAACAAACAAUCAAACUUUUCCUUUUUAUAAUAUUAGUAUAGAUUAUAUUUUAGAAAGCUUACUAUAGCUUGGAUAGUAUUAUGCUUAGUAAAAAAGCAGUCCUACAUUAUAUUGCUCGAGGAAAAAGUAUUAUUUAUUUUUUAUUUUGCUCAUCAUAUGAAAGUUAUUUAAGUUUCAAUGAAUAUGAUAAUAAGAAAUCAUUCGAAACAGUAAAGUUUUCGUUUUUUUUUAAUUCCAACCUUUCUUUCCAGGUUAUUUUAAAUGUCAAGUUAACAAGAGACUAGUCAAUAUGCUCUUCACGUCGAUAGGUGCGCUCUCGCCGCGCCUCCACUUCAAAGCUACGAAACCAAAGAUCGAAAAUUUCGUUUUUAAACUACACUAUCAACUGACCGUCACCAUCUUGCUGGCCUUCGUGAUCCUUGUCUGUGCCAGAGAGUACUUCGGUCAUCACAUCCAGUGUAUUUCUGACCAAGGUGUGCCACCGAGAGUUAUACAGAGCUAUUGUUUCUUCAUGGCUACCUUCACUAUAGUACGUCACUACAACGAGAGUCUGCUGCAGACAGGCUUCCUGCCGCACCCGGGCGUUGGGCCGAUAUCCUCAACAGACGAGGUCCUCCACCACACAUAUUAUCAAUGGGUCCCGUUCGUUUUGUUCAUACAGGCUAUCUGCUUCUAUUUACCACAUUACAUAUGGAAGAAGAAAGAAGGAGGCAGAAUAAAAGCCCUUGUAGACGGUCUUCAAUACGCCGCUCUGGCACUAGAAGAUAAAGAUAUGGAGGUAGCAGGAAAGGUGAUACCCUCAAGAACAACUCUUGAUAAUAAAAUAAAUCUUAUCAAGAAAGAUAUCAUAUUGAGGCUGCGUAUAUCACGAACAUGGUCAACGUGGCUAGUCUCGAUGGAAGUGGCGAACCUUCUGCAUGUGAUGUUUCAAAUCUGGCUCAUCGAUAGAUUCCUUCAGGGUCACUUUAUUGAUCUCGGCCCCAGAGUGCUGCAAUUCAGGAAUUGGGAUAACAUUGCUGAUCCGUUAGAAACUGUAUUUCCUAAGGUAACAAAAUGCGUGUUUCACAAGUACGGUCCGAGUGGUUCCAUUCAGCAGCACGACGCGUUAUGCGUGAUGGCGCUCAAUAUCAUUCACGAGAAGAUCUACACUAUCCUCUGGUUCUGGUUGCUCUUCCUUUUUAUUGCCUCAGUGCUUGCUGUGAUUUGGCGAGCGCUGUCUUUCUUUUUAUACAGACGGUCACACCGUUUCAAUGAUAUAGUAUUCAAGAGAGCGUCAGCUGGCAAGUUCAACCCUAACAACGUCAUCCGUGUCGUCAACGGCUACCAUUUCGCUGACUGGCUAUUUCUGUACUAUCUCGCUAAAAACAUGAGCGGAGUCGUGUUCAAGCAACUGUUCAUGGCUUUGUCCGAGGAGUUAGAGAAGAGAGAGCUGCCGAUGCCACAGCAAGGGUACGAGGAGAAUGGCGUCGAUCCUGUUUUGAUAGGAAGUAUAGACUACAACGAUGAAACCCUACCACUUCAUAGUGAAAAGAAAGCCUCCUAGUUCAGUAGAGAAGACUACGUCGCACAGAAAGAGGACGAAGAGAGAACAGCUUCAUCGUCAUUUGUACCAGGACCGUAUCUGUUUUGAAACCAGAUUAUGUCUUUGAGUUCUUGCGUA